AUGGUCAAAGGUUUAAUGAUGUUCCAACAACAACAAGUGGUGGAAGAAAACAUGUCAAAUUUAACUUCCGCAUCUGGUGAAGCUAGUGCUUCUUCGGGUAACAAAACUGAAUUUGGAACAAGUAGUAGUUACCAACAACAACAUGAACAACAACAACAAUACUUGGUUCCUCAAACUCAACCUCAAUCUCAAGCAGUGAAGAAAAAGAGAAACCUCCCUGGUAACCCAGACCCUGAUGCUGAGGUUAUAGCUAUGUCACCAAAGAGUCUACUAGCGAAAAACCGAUUCAUAUGUGAGAUCUGCAACAAAGGUUUCCAACGAGAUCAAAAUCUUCAGCUUCACAGAAGAGGCCACAACCUACCAUGGAAGUUGAAACAAAGAACAAGUAAAGAAAUCAGAAAGAAAGUAAAACACGGUGAGAAGAAGUGGAAAUGUGAGAAGUGUUCAAAGAAAUACGCUGUUCAAUCUGAUUGGAAAGCUCAUUCUAAAACAUGUGGAACAAGAGAGUAUAGAUGUGACUGUGGAACUCUCUUCUCAAGGAGGGACAGUUUCAUAACACAUAGAGCAUUCUGUGAUGCAUUAGCAGAAGAAAGUGCAAGAGUUAUCACAAAUAAGACAAUUCCACAUUUACCCUCAACACAAUCACCAUCAUCUUCUCAUCAUCAUCAUCACAUGAUAAAUCUACAAACCCAAUUCAAUAAUCAUACUCAUAAUCAUAAUCAUAAUCAACAUCAAGAACAACAAGAGAUUCAUCAUAAUUUUCCAUUAUUGAAAAAAGAACAACAACAUCAACAACAUCAAAGUUUUAAUCUUUCAGAAAUUCCACCUUGGCUUGGCCCACCACCAAAUGUUGGUGAAAUCUCAUCAUCAAUAUUCUCUCAAACACAACAAGAAAACCCUAACCCUAAUCUUGCUCAUGUUCAUGGGCCCACAUUGCCUCCUUACCAAACAGUACCUUCCCCACACAUGUCAGCUACUGCAUUAUUGCAGAAAGCAGCUCAGAUGGGUGCAACUAUGAAUAGAACAGGUUCUGCUUCUUCACCAGCUAUGAAUGCUAUGAAUGUUAGGUCCCACCAAGUUGAUUCUCUCAACAAUGUUUCUUCUGGUCAUUUUGGUUUGAAUUUGUUAUCAUCAUCAUCAUCAUCGCCACAUGAACAUCAACAACAUCAACAACAAAACACAACAUCCAUGGCAACAACAACAACAACCUCAACAUAUCUGAGUAAUAUUCAUGAUGUUAUGUUUUCUUCUCCGUCUCUUUCUGGAUUUGAAUCAACUCAGUUUGAUGAAAUGUUUGGUGGCAUUAUGAAUCCAAAGAAAGAUCAUCAUGAGACACGGUCUAAAACAACUACGAGCGACGACGGUGGAGGCGGUGGAAAUGAAGGAUUGACUAGAGACUUUUUAGGUCUUAGACCAUUGUCUCAUAGUGAUAUACUAAGCAUGGCAGGGAUUGGAAACUGCAUGAAUGAUGAUGAACAAAAUCAAUCUCAAAAGCCAUUAUGGCAAGGUUAG